AUGUCUGAAACUAUAUCUCUUUAUAAAACUGAAGAAAAUGGAUCUAUUUCCUGUAUUCAGGAAGAGUGUAAUUAUAAAUUUCGUAAUCCUAAAAAUAAACAUAAGUGUAUUAUGGAUCACUACUAUAAGAAACAUAAAGAAGUUUAUAAACAAUUAAAAAUUUAUACAAAACUCUAUUCAAAAUCUUUAAACCAAACACAUAUUGAAAAUACUAAAACUUCUUUUGAAUAUGAAUCAAAAUCAAUCAAAAAUGAAAAAUAUUUACAAAAUAAAAGUUUUUGUUUUCAUUAUUUAGUUGAUGGAAAUUAUUUUAAUAUUGAAUUUCUUAAAGUAAAUAAUGGUUAUGAAAUGAAAUUUUUUCUUAAAGAUGAAUUAUUAAAAAUUAUUGAUAAUCUUUUAGAUGAUUUUUCUUAUAAUUUUAUUAGUUUUAACAAUAAUGAAAAAUUUCAAAUUAUUAAUAAUGAAUUUUUAUUUUUAAACAAAGAUGUUAAAAUAGCAAAAAUUUUUUAUAAACAUAAUUUAGUAUUUGAAACACAUAAUCUUU